AUGGGCCUCUCUGCCGCCGCCCCGCUGUGGGGCGCCCCGGGGCUGCUCCUGACCAUCGCCCUGCUCCUGGCGCUCUCCCUGCACCCUGCCCAGACCUGGGCGCCGGUGCAUCGGGACUACUGCGUCCUGGGCGCCGGGCCCGCGGGCCUGCAGAUGGCCUACUUCUUGCAAAGGGCAGGCAGAGACUACAUGGUGUUUGAACGCGCCCCGGGGCCAGGCAGCUUCUUCAUGCGCUACCCCCGGCACCGCAAGCUCAUCAGCAUCAACAAGCGGUACACCGGCAAGACCAAUGCCGAGUUCAACCUGCGCCACGACUGGAACUCUCUGCUCAGCCACGACCCCCGACUGCUCUUCAGACACUACUCUGACGCUUACUAUCCCGACGCCAGCGACAUGGUGCGCUACCUGAGCGACUUUGCAGAGCGGCUGGGGCUUCAUGUGCUGUAUAACACAACCAUUGCCCACGUCACUCUGAACAAGGAUCGCGGGGCCUGGAAUGGCCAUUACUUCAUCCUGACCGACCACCGGGGCCAGGCAUACCAGUGUAGCGUCCUUCUCGUGGCCACCGGCUUGCCGGUGCCCAACCAGGUGGACUUCCCUGGCUCCGAAUAUGUGGAUGGUUAUGAGUCUGUGUCCGUGGAUCCCAAGGACUUCGUGGGUCAGAAUGUGCUGAUCCUGGGCCGGGGGAACUCGGCCUUUGAGACAGCAGAGAACAUCUUCAGUGUCACCAACUUUAUCCACAUGCUGAGCCGCUCCCGGGUCCGGCUCUCCUGGGCCACCCACUACGUCGGAGACCUCAGGGCCAUCAACAAUGGCCUGCUGGACACCUACCAGCUCAAGUCCUUGGACGGGUUGCUCGAGUCCGACCUGACAGACUUGGCCAUCGUGAAAGACCACCAGGGCAAGUUCCACAUCACUCUGAAGCUCUUCAUGGAGGCAGGCAAUCAGAGUUCCGACGCCAUCCCCCUCCCCCAGGACGACAAUGACAACUUUGCCAUGCGCGUGGCCUAUGACCGGGUCAUCCGCUGCCUGGGCUGGAAGUUUGACUUCUCCAUUUUCAGCAAGUCACUCCGACUCUCUUCAGGGAGUGAACUCAGCAAGAAGUACCCCCUGGUCAGAGCCAGCUAUGAAUCCAAAGGGAGCCGGGGCCUCUUUAUCCUGGGGACUGCCAGCCAUUCAGUGGAUUACCGGAAAUCUGCUGGGGGUUUCAUCCAUGGAUUCCGAUACACAGUGCGUGCCGUCCACCGGCUGCUGGAGCAGCGCCACCACGGUGUGGCCUGGCCCUCCACUGAGCACCCCAUCACACACCUGGCCAGUGCCAUCAUCCGGCGCAUCAACGAGGCCUCUGGGCUCUACCAGAUGUUCAGUGUGCUGGCCGACGUGGUCCUGCUAAAGGAGAACGCCACCAUCUUUGAGUAUCUGGAGGAGUUCCCCAUGCAGAUGCUGGCGCAGCUGGAGACAAUCACGGGAAGGAGGGCGAGGCACGGGCUGUUCGUCAUCAACAUGGAGUAUGGCCGGAACUACUCUGGGCCCGACAAGGACGUCUUCUUUUCUGACCGCUCUGUUGGGCACAUGGAAGACGCCUGGCUGUCCAACUUCCUCCAUCCUGUCAUCUACUACUAUAGGCACCUCCCCACCGAGCAGGAGGUGAGGUUCCGCCCAGCGGGCUGGCCGCUCCCACGGCCCUCGGCCCUCCACCACGUGGUGGAGGACUUCCUGACGGACUGGACAGCCCCGGUGGGGCACAUCCUGCCUCUGAGGCGCUUCCUGGAGAACUGUUUGGAUACCGAUCUGCGAGGCUUCUAUGCAGAGUCCUGUUUCCUGUUCGCCCUAACACACCAGAAGCUCCCGCCCUUUUGCCAGCAGGGCUACCUGAGAACGCAGGGUCUCGUGGGAACUGAGAGCCUCCGUCAGCAUGGCGUGGAGAGCGGGCUCCUGUGGGACUCUGCCAUCAUGGGCCAGCGCCAGGGGGCCAGCGAGCAGCAGCCUGGCAACCACAGGCCAGGAGGGCACCCUCUGGCUCCAGGGCCUCCGGUCUCACCUUUCAACAGCAACAAGGAGGAGCUCUGAUGGGCGGCUGCUCCCACUAGGGUCACAGUCAGCCUUCCUCUUCCCCGCAGUUUCGUGCUCCCACGUGAUUGCCAAAGACCCCCCUCAGAUCAUCGCGGUGACUGCACCAAAGCCACACGGAGGGCACAGACGGGCUGAAGGGCGGCCACACAGUGGUCUUCCCCUCCUGUUUGGUUCAGGGAUUUCUGGGAAGAGGAGUCCAGGGACAGCAUCUUCUGCCAGAUGGAAGGGAGCCGCGUUCCACGCCAGACUUGUCUGCAAGCCAGCCACCACGAGCACCAGGCUGGCCUCAGCUCCAUCCCCAUCAAGUGCCCAGUGUUCCUCUUCCGAAGGCCCUAGAUUCCGCCUACCCGUGGAGCGUUUCACAAGUGCAAUCCACCCUCAUCUUCAUACGGGUUGUAGCAGGCACUUUAAGACAAAGGCUCUAAGGUCCUCCGCCAAGUGGGGCAGGUGGGGCUGUUACCCCCUGAUGGAAACACCAGCUAAGGAAGGUCAGGUGAUCCCAGGGGUCCCAGCCAGGAGUCUAGGAAGCCCUAAGGCCCGCCCUGCUUCACCAUACUGCCUCUCCCCGCCCCAUCUCUGCUUUCAGAAUCCCAGUUGGGACAGAGAGAGGACAGCUCCCAGCAGGCCGUCUUAUCUACGCGGGUCUCUGCCAAGCUGCUCUCUCCCCAGGACCGCCCUCCCUGACUUGCCUUCCCACUCUGUGUUCUCUCUCUCAUCCUACUCCCCUGCCCUUUGGCAUUCCGAACAGCGCCUCCUCGCCUCUGCCCUGCCAGAUCAGGUUUUGUGAAAUGAUCCCCGUGCUGGCUAUCAGUGGGGAUUCUCUUGGAGGGGAUUCACCCCACUGUUCCAUACAGAGCCCAGCUCAGCAUGGGCAAGAAAUCAUCUAUAAAUGAGUUUGUAAGAUAACGAUGAUGAAUGUAGUUUCUGGUUCCCUGAGCUGUUCUGGCUUUUUUAUUGUCCCUCCUCACCAGGAAUCUGUCCCUUCUUACUCUCUCAUCAGGUAUUUGAGUCCCAUUGAUGAGUAAGCCAUGGGAAAGCAUUUGUACAGAAAAUAAUCAUGGUGGUUUCCUCAAAAGCCCGGGAUCACAGGUGAUAGCUUUCUCACUGGUUCUUACCAGUAAGUCCUUCAUGUGUCCACUGAGAAUGGUAGGGACACAAGCUUUCCGGAUCCACUGCCCUUUACUUGGAACAGCUUCUUCAUGAUGGCCAGGUCCAAAAUCCCUUACCCCCAGCACCACUGUCUGUGCUCCAGGUGUUUGCAGUCAGAACAGUGAGACUCCAAAAGCCUGAGCCUGUCAGGGAGGAGGUGUUUACCCCAUGGCAAGACGUGGCAUAGUUUACAGAGAGCUGAAACUUCUCAUUGAAGGGUCUCUCCCUAAUCCCAGGCUGUUGAAUUUGCUGUAUUUCAUACUGUUUACAGGUAAACCAAAAUUGGGUCCCAUUAGUCCACCCUUCCUUUUCCUAAACUUUUUUAAAAAAAUAAAUCUUUUGGGAUUUCUAGUGGUCCAGUGGUUAAGACUCCACACUUCCAAUG